UACACACACUCACUCUCUGUCUCCUACUCGUGUGGAGCGCGUGUGCGUGGAGCAGCCGAGCACCAUGGAAGAAGCGUCAAAGCAGGAAGAGGAGCACAGGCUGUCAGCGUUUGGUACGUCGGAGCCGGAGAGUCAGAGGCGCACGCCGCAGAAGAAGAGCAAGCGUUGUAAAAUCAUCUCUGGGGUUAUCUUUCUCUGCUUACUCAUCCUCAUCCUUGCACUAGUUUUGGCUUACCAACCUCCCAAAGACAGUGAUGGUGGGCACUGGCUGCAGCUGGAUGUCUCUGUGGCAAGUCAACAGCCACAGUGUCCGCCAAGUUUCUCUAGGUCGCCGCUCAUCCUGGUGUCCUUGGACGGUUUCCGGGCAGAGUAUCUAAAAGAUCAUGGCAGCCACCUACCCGUCAUCAGCAAGUUACGAGCCUUGGGUACAACCACAUCGCAUAUGAGGCCAGUGUAUCCGACAAAGACAUUCCCAAACCACUACUCUAUUGCCACCGGCCUUUACCCAGAGUCCCAUGGGAUCAUUGACAACAAGAUGUACGACGUAACCCAGAAUGCAUUCUUCUCCUUGAAAAGUGAGGAGAAAUUCAGCCCAAAAUGGUACCAAGGGGAGCCUGUCUGGAUCACUGCUAUGCGUCACAAAUUAAAAACUGGAGCCUUCUUCUGGCCCGGAUCAGAUGUCGCCAUCAAUGGCAGAUUCCCAGAUUUCUACGAAGUGUAUAAUAGAAGCACCACCUUUGAGGCCAGAGUGUCGACGCUGUUUGAGUGGCUGGAUUUACCACAAGGAAAACGACCUGACUUUUACACUUUGUACCUGGAGGAGCCUGACACAUCAGGACAUUACUACGGACCAGGAAGCAGCCAAGUCGUCGAGGCCCUGAAGAACGUGGACCGGCUUAUGGGGAUGAUCAUGGAUGGUCUGAAGGACAGGAACUUGCUCCACUGCGUCAACCUCAUCAUCGUAUCGGAUCACGGCAUGGAAGAAGCAACAUGUGAAAGGGCAGCGUUUGUGUCUACCUACCAGAACAACACUGACGACUUCACCGUCAUCCAAGGCCCGGCCGCUCGUAUCAGACCCAGCCGCCUGCCAGACGAUUUCUUUUCCUUCGACUACGAGGGCCUGGUGAAGAACUUGUCGUGCAGGACUCCCGAUCAGCCAGCGAGGGCGUACCUUAAAGAGAACCUCCCCAAACGCUUUCAUUUUGCAAACAACGUGAGAAUAGAGAGAGGACACCUGUAUAUGAAAGAAGGCUGGCAGGCAGCUCUAAACGGCAAGGAAAUCAAGUACUGUACGGGCGGUUUCCAUGGCUCCGAUAACCUUUUCACCAACAUGCAGGCAAUCUUCAUCAGUCACGGUCCAGGAUUUAAAAGCAACACCUUUGUACCUCCUUUUGAGAACAUUGAAUUAUAUAACCUCAUGUGUGAUCUUCUCGGCAUCCCUCCCUCUCCAAACAACGGUACACACGGGAGUCUGAACCACCUCCUCAAGAAUCCUGUCCACUUCCCUGUUCACCCCGCGCAGCUCUCCCACGAAACCCCCUGCGAGGCCAGUGCCUCCCACCCCGCUGUCGACCUAAAUUGCACGUGCAAGCCACUCGGAGAAGGAGAAAGGGGUGAAGACACAAACCCACCAAUUAUGAUUCCAAAUGCCACUGUCAAAUCGAACUUACGUCGCCUCCACCAUCCUUUCGGCGUCCCCAGCGUUGUGCAGCCGGACGCAACCUUUUGUCUGCUUCACCAGUCGAACUACAUCACAGGCUACAGCCACGACCGUCACAUUGCUCUCUGGGUGUCGUAUACCAUCCCGAAUGUGGCCGCAGCGGAGCCCCUGAACCCAUCUCCGGAGGCGUGUAUUCGCGCCGACGUCCGCAUACCACCAGCCACCAGCCAGAUGUGCGGCAACGACAACAGCCGCGGCCUGCUGCAUCCCCCCAACUUGAGUGUCAAAGAAGUUGGGACAAACUCACGCAUCACAAGCAACAUGGCGCCAAUGUUCCCCGCAUUUAAAGACGUUUGGAACUAUUUCCAUGGUGUCCUGCUUCCAAGGUAUUCAGAGCAGCUGAAUGGAGUCAACGUUAUGAGUGGUCCAAUAUUUGAUGAAGAUUAUAAUGGAAAAGUUGACGCCUUCAAGACCCUUGCACCAAAUGAAGCCCCCAUGCCGACGCAUUUUUUCGUGAUCCUGACCAGUUGUAAGAAUUCCACUUUUGGUCCUGCGAACUGCGAGGGUCCUCUCAGAGUCAGGUCCUUUAUCCUGCCACACAGAGCUGACUACACUGAGAGCUGCCCUACCGGCUCAGAUUUAACGUGGACGCAGGACUGGAUGCAGCUGCACACAGCCCGCGUCCGCGACGUGGAACUGCUGACUGGACUGAGCUUCUACCACGACAGGUUGUCAGUGGACGAGACGCUACAGCUCAAGACCUUUUUACAUAAUGUUUAAACUCCAACUGUAGAUCGAAUGAAAAAAGCCAUUUUGGUCCAUAAUGCAAUUGGUCCGCUCGCACUAGGUGCCUCAUUUCUUUAAAUAAUCAGGUAGAAUUAUCCAAAUGUCCAGGCUUAGGUUUUUUUUUUUUUUUUUUUUUUUUUUAAUGGCACUUAAAGGAUUGUUGUACAUACUGAAUGCCAUACAUUGGUUGUAGAUUUUGUUAAUGAUCAUGUCAUUAAAAGACCUUUAUUUGCUUUUGGAGGCCAGACCCCGAGAUGGACUGACACCAAUCAAAAGAAUUCUGCUGAAAUGGGUGUCCAAAGUUUGGAAGGAAUCCUGCCCAAAGCUGGGACGUUACAAGUGCAUCUCAUUGAAUUAGAAUGUCAUUGAAAAAUUCACUUACUUCAGUUCAGUAGUUUAAUUUAAAAAACAGAAGUCAUAUAUUAUACAGAUUCAUUGAACAUUGAACUUUCUAGAAGGCCAAUUCUUAUGUAAUUUCUAUGUUUAAAAUUAUGUUGAUUGUUUCUUGAAUAAAAAUCUAAUUUCUUGA